CUUAUAUACUUGUUGUAAAACCCCUUUCCCGCCAUUUUCUAAAAUCUGUCUCCCUCUCCACAUCUCUCUCUCUCCUUUUUCAAUGGUGAGGUCUAGAAGCGCUGCAAAACCCUCCGCACCUGCAGAUGCCGAACCAGAAAAUGACGAUAACCUCGAAGUCAUCUCAAUCGGUUCACUCUACAAUGGACCAUGGGACAAGAAGUAUUGGAGCAGUUCUAGGGGAAAAGAUCGAUAUCCAUAUCCCGUUGGCUACAAAGCUGUUAGAGCUCAUAAUGGGACCACUUAUAAGAUGGAAAUUCUUGAGGGCGUUAACGGGCCUAAAUUUUUGAUUUCUUCAGAUGAUGGGAAUUCAGCUUCUGGGAAAACUCCAGACUUUGCAUGGGUGGAAUUUCAGAAGAAAGGUUGCACUAGCAUGAAGAUUUUGCAUGGGAAGAGGCUUUCGUCUAAAAUGGAUGGCUUAGAGCUUUUUGGGUUCAAAAACCAGUUUAUUCUGAGGUUGCUUCGCAAACUAGUGGCAGAUAUAAAUGGAAUAGCUGAACGGAGCUUAGUAUCCUCAAACUUCAGUAACGAGGUUUCUAAAACAGAGCAUGGUGAUUUAUUAAUUUCCCCGGGAGGAUCACGUGUUACAGGGAAGAGAAGUAGAUGUGAGCUAAGAAAUAAGAAGUUAAAUGACAGAUCUCGACCUCUUAGGAAGAAUGAGACAACUCUUGGUCAAAGGAGUUCUGCAAUCCACAAUGGUUCAGAGGACGAGGAUGUCUCCCACAAUCAAGUAGAUGGAUCACCUUCACUGAAAAUAAUGUCAUCUGUUGGUAAGAGAAGUAAUUGCAUUUCAUCCCAAAAUGGGCUGCCAUUGAAUCAUAAUGACAUCUCCGGCAACGAAAUAGAGAGAGUUGUACCUUCGGAGAGACAGACAGGGUUUCUCUACUCUGCAAGUUGCAAAAGUACAGAAGUAACUGAAAACUUGUCAAGAGAAAAACCUCUUCAUAGGUCACAUGACAAGGAGAUGGAAAUGUCAAGUUUGUUGGUGACAGCAGAAGAUGACAAAGUGAUGCAGUCACGUUCUAAAGAGUCUCAGGGCUGUAUUGGCAUUGAUCUUUGUGCUCCUGAUACACUAGAUUUACAAGCUGCCCAGGAUGUGGCAAAGUCAAUGAUGGCACUUCUGCUUCCUCAAGCAGUUCCCUUACUAAGGAAUAACUCAACAGAUAAGAAGUUCACACUUAUCCCUUCAGAUGUACUGCCGUCUAAGGAAGAACAAAAUGAAGUUGGAUAUGUUUUGGAUGUACCAUCAUCUGAUAAAAUGGUAACAGAUGAUGCAUACGGGGAACAAAAUGAAAAGAUGCAUAAGCCAGAUGCUCCCCCACGUUCAAAUUCUUCUAAUACUGAUCACAUGAAGUCUAUUGUCCUUGAUAGUUUUGAGUAUAGUCAAUGCGAUGAUCUUAAAAACUCAGAACUCUUAUCUUUUGAUAUUGCGGAAGUUGGUAGAUCUAGUUUCAGUAAAGAAAUGUGUUGUUCGGAAAGUCAAGAACAGCUUCAUGGUGAUUUGCCGAAAGGACCAUCCACAUGCCGUGCUUCAGAGGUGGACUUCAAAAACAGGCCUCAUGAUUAUGAUGUAUGUAUUACUGAUUCUGUUCUGGAUGUCAUGUCUCCUCUUGAUGUAUGUGUUCCUGAUUCUGUUCUGGAUGACAUGUCUCCUCCGGAUGUAUGUGUUCCUGAUUCUGUUCUGGACGACAUGUCUCCAGCACAUGAUAGUUUCAAGUCAGUGCAAAAUGACCUUCCAGCUGCUCAGGAUUUUACUGGAGAUAAGAUGCAAGAUGAAGCUGUUGGUAAAACAGGCAAUGCUAAAACAUUGGCGAUAUCUUCUCAGUUACCAAAUUUUGUAUACACCAGAAGAAAGAGGCAAAAUUCUGUUACCCCCCAAAGAAAUUGUUUCGCUGUGGGGAGUACAGAAUGUGACAAGACUGAACUAGUUACUCCUCAAAUGCAUACUGCCCACGGCACUGUCCCUCCAUCAAAAACCUUUCAAGCAAAAAAUGAUAAACUAUGCAAACCAGAUGAUUCUGCAGAUUUAAUAUUAGAAAAACCUGAAGCUCAUAGUGACGUUCCAGAUGUACAAAACAACCCAGCAGAACUAAGCCUUUCAUCUCAAAAUCCAAACCCAUUUUACUGUGAAAAUAAGUGCACUGGUGGCAAGGGGGCUCAAUUUAUUUCAGAACCAAUGGUCCAGAGAAACCAGGAACUCAAGAAUAAUCUGAACGGCAGUGUAAAGUUUGUGGGGUGCUACAUGCACCCAAUGCCUGUUUCAUCAUUACUUUUAAAAACAGUAGAGGAUAAAAUCCACAUUUGUGUUUUGUGUGGCCUUCUGACAGAUCAGCACAGAACUCUGUUUACCUACAAGGUAGCUAUCAAGGAACCAAAUUUCGGUUUCCCCUCUGUCAUGGCUCACACCCCGAUAAUGUUGCCAGAUCCAAAAUAUAACUUCACAAGAGAAACUAUGGUGGAAAGGACUGGGGUGGAGUUGACUCCUGAUGGACAGUAUAUUGUCUUAAUAGGCAGCAUAAAAACCCCUAAUUGCAGGGAAGGAGAAAUUGAUUGUUGUUGUUCAACAUGCACUUCAGUCUGCUCGAAGAAGAAUGGUUUGAAGAUUGUUCAUGUAGAAAGUGGUUAUGCAUCAGUUGUGGCAACACUCGAAGCUGUUGCAGACUUGCAUUGUAUUUUGGUUUGUGAACCUAACCGACUUGUUUCUGUUGGAGGGAGUGGAAGUAUACAAGUGUGGGUCAUGAAUUCAACAUGGAGUGAAAAGAUAGAUUACUUCAUCAUUCCGUCUGUUGGUUCCAUGUCCCCUGGCAUUGUGGAAUUGAAGAGGGUCCCCAAGUGUGCUCAUCUGGUUGUAGGCCGAAACACUUAUGGGGAAUUUAGUUUAUGGGAUAUUGCAAAACUCAAUUGUGUUUCAAGCUUCUCUGCUUCAAAAUAUCCAAUUAAUGAGUUCUUUCCAAUAAGCUUGUUCCAUUUGAAAACAAAAGGCUUGGGAUUGAGCUAUGCUAGCAUAGAGGAGAAGGCUGAAAAACUUUUAGAAGCAUCCAAUCUCUGGCACUCGAAGCAAAGAGAGACCUGUGUGUAUCUACCAAUCGAAGAUGUUGCUAUGUGGUUUCUUGUCUCGACUCCCUCGGACUUUGAUUGUUGCCAGGAUCAUGUUUCAACUUCAAUUCAUCAAAAUGUACAUACAGCUAGAAGUUGGAGGCUUGCUCUUUUGAUGGAAAAUAGCAUAAUUUUUGGAAGUCCCUUGGAUCCUAGGACAACUGCUGUUGGUGUCUCAGGUGGUUAUGGAAUCACCAGCACAAGUGACGGUGUGGUAUAUAUGUGGGAUUUGUCUAGAGGGACCAAGCUUGAUACUCUGCACCAUUUCCAGGAUGGCACUGUCACAAGUAUUUUUACGGAUGAUUUGAAUUCAAAUUCAAGAAGUGUUAUGGGAGUCGCUGGGGGAGGAGGCCAACUGCUGCUUUAUUUACAUCUUCGUGAUCUGGACUCAAAUGAGUAGAGACAAUGAUAGUGUUGUUUUCUCAUCGAUCUAAGCCUUCAAGCUUGUAUAGAAAUUAUUAGAGUUACAGUUAAUGCACUUAAUGGUGGUUUGAAAAUUUAAGUAUCUGAAUUCCUAUUAAUGUUUCAUAUACCACUGUCAACCAAAUUCCAUGGGUUCCAAUUUCAAUCGA